AAGGUGCAGUGCAGCAGCAGCAGCAGCAGCUGGGUGAUUUACUGCAGAAUAAACAACCUGCCAGCUACAUAAACAUAUAGCAUGUUUAUUAAAUGAUAUAUUUUAAUUAACAGGAGUAAAAGGAGCAGCUCUGCGGGUUCAAACUCUCCCCACAAGGAAAUAAACAAGGAAGUCUGAAAGAUGGAGGAGAUGGAGAGCAGCGCUCGGGGCCGGGUCACCGUCUACUCCAUCCAGGGCUGCCCUCACUGUGUGCAGGCUAAAGCCACCCUGGGCCGUCUGGGCGUCCCCGUGUGUGAUGUGGAUGUGGGAAGACAUCCGGAGCUCCGAGCCCGAGUCAAGGAGCUGACAGGACGCAGCUCCGUGCCCCAGAUCUUCUUCAACAACGUCCAUGUCGGCGGCAACGACGACCUCCAGAAACUGGCUCCUGAGGAGCUCCAGAGGUUGGUGAACCUGGUGAAGAAGGAGCCUCUUCCUGCAGACGCUCCUCCUCUACCAGAGGAGACUCCGGCUGAGGAAACCACGACUGGAGACACUGAUGGAGAGUUUAUGUGUGAGAGGGAUGAGUUGGCCAACCUGGUAGAGGACCUGAAACAUGGCAGUGUGAUUGGCAGUCAUAGGAGAGGACUGACGUUGUACAAAAAGAGCUUCUCAGGAGACCAGCUGGUCGACUGGCUGCAGAAAGAGAAGGGAAUGGGCAGGGCCGUGGCCUGUAACACUGGCCAGGCCUUGUUGCAGAAGAAGUACAUGGUGAUUGUUCGAGGCUGUGGGCAGCAGGAAGGCUCUUUUGGAGAAGGGAAAGACUCUCUGUACAGGCUGCUGGAGGACGACCCUCACUCAGCCCUCAACGCAGGACAGACGGCGUCCUGCAGCCCCAUCCAGGCUGCUGAGCUCUCGCUGCUUCUUCGGGAGUUGAUUCUGAAACUUUUCUCUGAGCAUCUCUCUGCUGACGGCAAGUCGGUGGACUAUAAGGGCAUGUCGGUGAACCCGGCCUUCGAGCGCUACUGUGAGCUGGCGCUGCAGCUGCAGAGGGUGGAGCUGCUGUCUCUGAGUCGGGAGGAGAAGCUGGCCUUCUUCAUCAACAUCUACAACGCUCUGGUCAUCCACGGCUACCUCCGGCUGGGGGCGCCCACCAACAUGUGGCAGAGAUACAGAUUCUUCAACUAUGUGAGCUACCUGAUUGGAGGAGAAGUUUUCACAUUACAGGACAUCGAGAACGGCGUUCUGAGGGGGAACAGGAAAGGAGUCGCACAGCUGCUGAGACCCUUCUCCAAAACAGACCCACGGCUACAAGUGGCGCUGCCUGAUGCUGAGCCUCUCAUCCACUUUGCCUUGAACUGUGGAGCAAAAGGCUGCCCACCUAUUAAAACCUACAGUCCUCAGGACAUCGACAGCCAGCUGCGUACGGCAGCCGAGGCGUUCCUGGAGAACGACGACGCCUGCAUGGUGGAUUCUGGGAAAAGAGAAGUUCGACUCAGUCAGAUAUUCAAGUGGUACAAAGCUGAUUUUGGAGGAACUGAUGAAAAGCUGCUGAAGUGGGUCCUGGAGCACAUGGGGGACUCUCCGAAGAAGAGCAGCCUGCAGGGAGUCCUCUCUGCUGGGAAGACCAAAGUCAGCUUCCUCCCUUAUGACUGGAGCACCAACAGUAGCCACUGAACACACACACACACACACACACACACACACACGGUCACGUCCAGCUCUGUCUCUGUUUAUCUGUUUUCUACUGAAACAGAAGGUUGGUGGUUCUCAACCAUCAGAUGGUUUUUAUGCAAAACUAAUUGUAAAUAUGAGGGAUUAGAGGGACGUUUGCACUGAACCAUUGAGUCACACUUCUGAUUUAUCGAGCUUUAAGAUUUCAGACUGUCAGCUCCUACAGCAGCAUACGAGCUGGACAGUCCAGUUUUAUUCACUGCAAGAAAAAAAGGUGUUUAAAAACCAGAUCAAACAGUAAAUCUGAGGGAAAUGAUCUUGCUGCAUGGACAGAUAAUUUACCUUGACAAGAUUUAUUAAAUUAAGAUUAUUAAAUCUAGAGAUAAGCAUGUUGAACACUUAAAAUAAGAAAUUAACUCUUAAAACAAGAUAUCAAGAUAUUCAUUUUAAUGUCUGGUUCAACUAAAGGUUCAUUUGUUUGGACAAAUAUAAUGAUAACAACAAAAUAGCUGAUAAGAGUUUAAUUUAAGAGCUGAUAUCUAGACAUUUAUCAUGGUUUUAUUCAUAAUGAUUUGGGUUAUUAUCAAGAAUGUUUCCAUGACUGUAGAUGUAAAAAUGACAACUAAAAAGACACAAAUUGACAAAAAAAGACACAAUAUUGACCAAAAAAGACAGAAAUUGACAAAAAGACACAAAUUGACCAAAAUAUAUGUAAAAAUGACAACUAAAAGGACACAAAUUGACAAAAAAAAGAUACAAAUUGACCAAAAAAUACACAAAAUGACCAAAAAGACACUAAAUUACCAAAAAUAUAUAUAAAAAUGACAACUAAAAAGACACAAUAUUGACUAAAAAAGACACAAAUUGACAAAAAAGACACAAAAUGACCAAAAAAAGAGAUAUAAUGACCAUUAAAAAGACACAAAAUGAACAAAAAAGAUGUGAAAUGACUUAAAAUAGUUGUAAAAAUGACCACUAAAAAGACACAAUAAUGAAAUGAACUCUUAAAACUUUAGAUUUAGAAGUGUUAGAUCAUUUAUCUUGUUUUAAAUGUUAUUUUUUUUAUUUUAAGUGUUCAACAUGCUUAUUUCUAGAUUUAAUAAUCUUAAUUUAAUAAAUCUUGUCAAGGUAAAUUAUCUGUCCAUGCAGCAAGAUCAUUUCCCUCAGAUUUACUGUUUGAUCUGGUUUUUUAAACAUCUUUUUUUUUCAGUGUAGGUUUAAAGUAAGAACUUUAUAAACUUGUAGACUUUGUCGUGCAGCAGCAGUAACCAUGACGACGUCUCUUUCUAAUGUCACAUGUUAAUGUUAAAGUCUGAACACUGGCAGACAAAAUGAUUUCAGAGUCAAUAAACAGAGAGAAAGCCAAACUAAAGCAUACUGUAUAAUAUCUAUAACACAAUCAAUAUGGCUUCCACACAACUCAGGAGUCAUAGAUCAUCUCAGUCUCAUACACUUCUAUGGAGCAUUUAAUCAGAGCAGGAGGAGAUGAUACAGACAAGCCAUAGCAAAACCUUCUCAAAAUCUGAGUUUUUCCUCCAGAACAGCUGAUCAGAGUUAGUUCAAGCAACUCUAAAUUGGUUGAAUUUGACAUAAGAAGUGGAACAGGUCAAUAAAAGUCGCAGCAUUCAUUUUAAUCCUGCAGACUUAAUAGUCAAAGUUUAUUAAAUCCCUUCUCCCUAUUAUGUUAAUUUACUAUAUUCGGUUAUAUAACAACAAUAAUAUUCAUAUAUAUGUAUGUAUAACACAUAGUAAUGUAGUUUAUAAACGUAUUAUUACCACUAUUAACAUACAUAUGCAUAUAUGGAUAUAUAUGGAUAUAUCGCCCAGCCCUAUUAUGAUCAUUUAUCUCCUUUUCUAAACAUUAAUGAGCAGGUAUGAAGCUGUUUUUCAUCCAAAUCCUGAUCUGACCUGCUGCUGCCUCUGAUCUCUGAUCUCUGAUAGUCUAGUCCAGGUGAGACUGGAUCUGAUCUGGUUCACUAAUAAUAAAUAAUAAUAAAUAAUCUCCUGAAGACCCCGUCUCUCUCUGUACACUGUAAAAAAAAAAAGGAGUGUCUAAAAUAAAAACAGUAAAUCUGAGGGAAAUGAUCUCGCUGCAUGGACAGAUAAUUUACCUUGACAAGAUUUAUUAAAUUAAGAUUAUUAAAUCUAGGAAUAAGCAUGUUGAACACUUAAAAUAAGAAAUGAACUCUUAAAACAAGACAAAUUAAAUGAUGAACUGGCCCGAGCAGAGUAACCUGUCUUUUACGUCUUACGUCUUUUUGUAUCUUUUUUGGUCUUUUUGUGUCUUUUUUGCUAAUUUUUUCUGCUUUUUUUGUGUCUUUUUGUGUCUUUUUUGCAGAUUUUUUGUGCCUUUUUUGGUGUUUUUUUUUGUCUUUUUGUGUCUUUUUUUGGUGAUUUUACGUCUUUUUUUAUGUGUUUUUUUUGUCUUUUUGUGUCUUUUUUUUGUGAUUUUACGUCUUUUUUUGUGUUUUUUUUGUCUUUUUUUGUGGGUUUUUUUGUCUUUUUUUGUG